CUGAGAAAGCGACAAUACUGUGAGCCGGGGUUGUGAACGCGCUAAAGGUCGUGUGAGAAAACGCGUUUAUUGUAGUUUAUGUUCAUGGAUGGAUAGUUUUGAGGACGAUGGCGCCCUUUUUGUAGCUUAACUCGUCUUUCGGUUUGUUUUUUUCCUUCCUGUUUCUCGCUGCUGUUUGAGUUUUUGUCUCCCGGUGGGGGUGAUUUUUUAUUAUUUUUUAAAAUAAUUUUGUAAGAUGUCGGCCCAGGGAGGCGCGCUGGAUGGAGGAGAGAACCAGGAGAACGUUCCUGCGCGGGUACGAGGCGCACACAAGAGCAGGCUGGAGAACCAGGAGAACAUAACCGUGAACAAACCCAGCACUAGGACCGUGCUCGGGGCUCUGGGGAACAACGCACGUCGACAGCCCGGCCUGCGGGGAUCCAAACAGCAGGACUCAGCACAAGCAGCCUGUAAAGCGGACGACUACAGCAAAUGCAGUAAUGUCGAGAGGCCAGCAGCCAAGCAACCCGCUUUUCAGAUUCACGUCGACGAACCCGAUGGAGCCUGCUCCAAGAAACAAGCGUCAGCCAAGCAAGCCGCCGUGGAUUGUUCCCCCUUAACGCUAAACCCGACGGUGACUCGGCUCAGACAGCCCCUAGCUACUAUUGAACUGCCCAUGGAUCUCAGUUUUGAUUCUCCCAUGGACAUGUCAAUAGUUGAGGGUGAGGACAGGACCGUGAAUGUAAAUGAAGUUACUGAUUACGCUGCUGAAAUCCACACCCAUUUAAGGCAGAUGGAGGUUAAGUGUAGGCCAAAAGCGGGCUACAUGAAGAAGCAGCCAGACAUCACAAACAGUAUGCGUGCAAUCCUGGUGGACUGGUUGGUGGAAGUCGGAGAGGAGUACAAGCUCCAGAACGAGACGCUGUACCUGGCUGUGAACUACAUUGACCGCUUCCUGUCCUCCAUGUCUGUCCUAAGGGGGAAGCUGCAACUCGUCGGCACCGCUGCCAUGCUCCUGGCUUCGAAGUUUGAAGAGAUCUACCCCCCGGAGGUGGCAGAAUUUGUCUACAUCACUGACGACACCUACACAAAGAAGCAAGUGUUAAGAAUGGAGCAUCUGGUACUUAAGGUCCUGUCUUUUGAUCUUGCAGCACCAACGAUCGUCCAGUUUCUUACGCAGUACUUCCUCAGGCAGAAAGUCUGCAACAAAGUAGAGAGCUUGUCCAUGUUUCUUGGAGAACUAAGUUUAGUGGAUGCCGACCCGUUCCUGAAGUACCUUCCAUCUCAAAUAGCUGCUGCCGCAUUUAUUUUGGCGAACUACACCAUCACAGGAGCCUCAUGGUCUAAAUCUCUGGCGGAGACGACUGGCUACACUUUGGAAGACCUCAUGCCCUGUGUCCAAGAUCUCCACCAGACCUACCUCGGUGCUGCUCAGCACGCACAGCAGUCCGUCAAAGAGAAGUACAAGGGCUCAAAAUACCAUGAAGUUUCUCUCAUUGAACCCCCACAGAAGCUGAUUUUGAAUUGACCCUGACUUAUACACUUUUUUUUUUUUUUUUUUUUUUUUUGUCCUUAAUCCCUUUUACAAAUUCCAGACUCUAACAGGAAUUGUGUAUACAGUCCCCACGUUGCAUGAACAUGUAACUGCAAUAACGGACACCGUAACCUUCGCGCGUGGAGGACUUGGUGAAAUUGGCAUGCCGUGUAUAUUUUGUGUGGUCCUGAAGGACUACAGUUUUUAUGCUUUAUGCAACCAGAUUUUGUACAGUAGAUCAUUUAAAGCAUUUUUACACCUUUUUUAAAAAUGAAAGCAAGAAAAGUGGUUCUUUACAAUUUUGAUGGUGAUUUUUCUUCAACCUUAACAUCUAAAAUAAACCACUUUUU